GGCAAAGUUUAGAAUAUGUACUAUGGGGAAUUUCCCACACUAUGUCUUUCCAGCUUUAGAAAUAAUAACUGGAUUUUCACUGACAUUUUUCAAGGCUUAAUGAUGGAAAUACUUCUAGUGAACAACCUGUUUUUCUUCUCUCAAACUUCACAGGCCUCCAGAGUCUUCCUUUGGACAGAAAUUUGCUACUCUAAAUCUAAACUCAAAAUACUUCUGGAAUAUAAUUAAGGACUUAAUUAACCCUUACAACCAAUGAGCAUGAUGACACUGAAAGUGAAGAAGGAAGCUCCUGUCCCUCCCCAAACCCAAGCCAAAGCAAAGGCUUUGAAAACCAAGAAGGCAGUACUGAAAGGCGUUCACAGCCACAAGAAAAAGAAGAUCCGCACCUCACCCACAUUCCAGUGGCCCAAGACGCUGCCUCUCAGAAGAAAGCUGAAAUAUCCUCUGAAGGGCACCCCCGGGAGAAUCAAGCUGGACCACUAUGCCAUCAUCAAGUUCCCCUGACUACAGAGUCAGCCAUGAAGAAGACUGAAGACAACAUACUUCUGUUCAUUGUGGAUGUCAAGGCCAACAAGCACCAGACCAAACAGGCUGUGAAGAAGCUCUAUGACGUUGAUGUGGCCAAGGUCAACACCCUUAUCAGGUCAGAUGGAGAGAAGAAGGCAUAUGUUCCACUGGCUCCUGACAAUGAUGCUUUGCAUGUUGUCAACAAAAUUGGGAUCAUCUAAAUUGAGUCCAGCUGGCAAAUUCUAAAUAUACAUUUUUUGACCUUUAAAAAAAAAUUAUCAUAAUUUAAUUUCCAGCAUUUCUUUUUC